GCAGAGGAGGACCCAUCAGGGGUCAUGGAUGAUAACCCCCUACCCGGGUGUAGCUCCCUUAUAUCCGCUGCAGAAGGUAUGCCUGCAUCUUUAACGGACCCCUCUGGGGAACCCUUGUUCAACCCAGAUUCGCUCCACCACCCCCGCUCGGCUGAGUGGUUACCGUUGGAGCACGUCUCCAAAUAUUUGGAGGCUAGAGUGCGCUGUCCUCUUUCCAAAGAGGCUCGCAAUAAGCUUAGGGCAGAAUGCCCCAGACCUGUCAUCCCUAACAGGGUAUGCGAGACUCCUACCGUCGAUCCCAAGAUGACGCAGUUCCUCGCAAAAUCCGGCUGGAACCCGCGUAGGGGUCUGGAGUCGGCAUUAAGGUCCUGUCAGGAUAAACUUCUGGACAUCUUUGGACCGUUAGCAAAAAUUUUUGACUUAGCGGAGGUAGCUAAUGCAGGCAAUAAACAGGUUGACCCUGUUGAAUUGCGUGAAUGGGUACAACGUGCCAUUUGCAUAGCAGGUAACGUAAAUACGUCCCUGGCUAUAGAGAGGCGUAAAGCCAUACUUUUCAAAAUAGAGCCCAAGCUAUCCAACUUAGCUCUUACGGAGGCCGGUAAAGAGGCCCAGGGCCUAUUAUUUGGAGAACCUUUUAUUAAGGACCUUGGGAGAUUUGUGGGGGCUUUCACUGCCCUAGACAAGGCCCAAAGCUCUAUGAAAAGAGUAUUUCACGGUAGGGUCUCUACCAGGGCCGGCAGCUUUAGGGGCCGCCUGUCCGGCCGUGCCCAGUUUCAGUCCCGUGGUUCGGGCCGAGGCUCCUUUUCUCAGAGGUCUUCCUUCCAGGAGCACAGACGUGAACAGUCGUCAUUCUUCCCUUCACGAGGAAACUCUUGGCGUCCAAGAGGAUAUCGAGGAAAUCCGUCUUCUAGACGUCCAUACGGUUGAGAUCGGUCAGUUCCGUGGUGUCCUUUCUUCUACGUCCUGGUUCGGAGGGUCGGCAGUUCGGUUCCAGCCGGUCAUGUGACGUGGACAGCUUCAGGAGGUUCUUCAAGGUUGUUCCUGGUGUUCCUGUUCGCUUCCGGAUGGAUGGCGCUUUUGUUCCCAGGCUGUUCCGGUUCCUGGUUGGCGGUUCGGUUGGACUGUUCGGUUUGGAUUUACAAAGAAAGAGGAGGAUUUGCAGGCGGUGUGGCCUGUUAUAGAGAGACUAUGGGGAGGGGCUGAUGACAUGUUUCAAUAUUUUUAUUUGUUCUUUGCUGCUAUUGGUCAGAGUAAAGAAGGAG